AUGCGAGCAUCAGUCGCGCAAACGAACGGCACUGAAACGAGAACAUUGCGAUCACGAAAAUCUGCUCGAGCAAUGGAACAAAAAGAGGAUACACCGAAAAAAUCUGCUAACAGACCUGGUGUGGUGCAGUUGGAAAACGAAACACAUUGCACAGUAGUUGUUGUAGAAGUUGCAGAUGUGUUACGUCGACCUCUGAAAUGUGAAAAUAACGGAACACCACCGCUCCCGGCAUUAACAGCUUAUGGCAAUUCUGAAGAACAGAACUCCGCUUCCAAAGAUGCCGAAAGUAGCGGCUCAGAAACAGCGGGCUCAUGUGAGACACCUUCAAGAGCCGAUGAGUAUAAUCAAGCGGAUCGAAAAGACGAAAUUCAGCGACUUAUUUCCGGAAUUGGACAACAAGAGAUGCCACAACUGGAUAAUGAAUCUCAGGAUGCUACAUGUGCGCAGGAUUUGGAUGUUGAAGCGAGCCCGACGACCACAUCCUCAGAUGAUAAGCCACCGCAACUCAUUGCUGCAAAGUGUCCGUCGAAUUCACCAGAUACAUUGGACGAGGAAAGUAGCCGGGAUGAUCUUGGUGAUAACACGUCACCACCUCCUCUCGAAAGCAUGUUCAGUGGUAUAACUUCAGAAGCCGGCCCCUCGGUGAGCAAGAAAAGCUGUUCGGAAACGGAUUGGGCGAAGCGAAUGACCGAAAUGCUGGGCGAAUUGCACCCGAGCCAAUUCAUGCAAGCAAAAGAAACUAUUUAUUCAACAACGGUAAAGGUACUUGCGCAGGAAAUCACCUCUGAUGUGUCGUGCUUGUUGAAUCUGAUCGAGAGCCAGGAGCGUCGCGCAGCUGCCUUUGAGCGAAUUCUGAGUGAUCUGCGAAAAUUGAAGUCAGAUCACGCUCCUGAUUCGAAUCUCUAG